UUUGUAUCAAUCCAUCUCCAUAUUUGUCAAUGACUCGCCCUCUUCCAACAACAUGAGUUUUGUACGACUUCGUUUCAUUGCAUUCCGCGGCAUAGAGGCUACUUAGACGGUUUACACCUAGUGCGACCACGUAUUGCAUAAAUCUAGUCUGCUCGGCUUUUCGUUCGCCUUCUGAAAUUGGCACUCUGCGGCCAUACAACUUUCGAUUCAUUCUUCCCUAACCUAGCUAUGCUUCCUGGCGAUGACAGUUCUGCAACGGUGACAGAACAGUCUUCCCUGCUACACCAAUCGAGACCAUCAUCCAGAUCCAGUACCGGUACAAUUGCGAAUGGCCAAGAUGCGGGAGGAGCGAGCUUCCAAGAUCCUCAGGUUGAGAAAAUUACAAGCAUGACUGCGACUGAAUCUGUCAUAGUUUGUAUCUCUAUUGGAGUCUUGAUGUUCCUUCUAACGUCGAAUAUGUCGAUGAUCACCACCAUUCAAUCCGCGAUAGCUACUGAUCUCGACGCGUUUGAGGAAGCUGAGUGGUUUACAACUGCAUAUAUGGUGACUAUGUCUGUUAUAUCACCUUUGAUGGGCCGAUUAAGCCAGACGUUUUCUCCGCGCAUUUGCAUGGUCGCAGCAAGUGUAUUAAUGGGAGUCGGAUCUAUCAUUACUGGGGCAUCGUCAACAGCCCGUGUAUUCCUUUUCGGCAGGGCAAUUACUGGUCUCGGCGCUGGAGGAACAAUGACUGGCGCCACGAUUAUCAUCAUUCACCUGGCUCCUGUAGCUACUAGAGGCGUAUGGCUGGGAGCGGCUGCGUCAGUUAUGACGGUCGGUCUCUCCUUGGGAGCUGUUAUCGCUGGCGGACUAGAACCAUAUGUUGGAUGGAAUUACCUUUUCGGGAUGCAGGCACCAAUAAGUUUUGUUCCCGGUCUUUGUCUAUUUUUCUUUUUGCCCACUCACACAGGCCUCAACCACAAAAGAGUAGCUUUGAAGCGCCGCCUGCAAAACAUAGAUUACCUAGGCGCUAUAACAUUGGCUGUUGGGAUCACCAUGUUCUUGAUCGGCGUAUCAGGACGAAGCAUUCUGCUCGUGCCAACAUUGUCGUCAUUACCUGCUUUCAUGAUAUUCGUGUUCGUAGAACGCUUCUUCGCCGUUGAGCCCAUUAUACCUCUCAGUGUACUGAAGUCUCGAGGUGCACUUCUGACGAGCCUCGCUACCCUCGGUUUCAUGAUGUCACGCUGGGCAAUCUUGUUCUACACGCCUGUAUACGCGAUCGCUGUGCGUAACAGAUCACCCGCCGUGGCUGGCUUGAUCCUGAUACCGACCAACGCUGGCUUCGGGCUUGGAGGACUGCUAUCAGGAUGGUUUCACAUUCGGCGCGAGGGCAGUUUCUAUAUACCUUCACUCGUCAGCAUGGCGAUUUUUCCGGCCACCAUGCUUGCUAUUGCACUCAUCUCCACUCCUACCUCCCCCAAUGCUCUAUAUGUAGCCUUCCUGUUUUUGAACGGCCUGGCCACAGGCUGCGUAGUGAAUUACACGCUUGUCCAUGUGCUUCACCUUCUUCCCAAAGAGGUACAUCCAAUCAUGAUGUCACUCGUGGCAACUUUCCGUGGGCUUGCAGGCUCAUUUGGCAGUGCUGUUGGUGGUGGUCUAUUCCUGCGGAUACUUGCAUCUUCUUUAGAUGAUGGUUUCAAGAAACAUGGUAUCUCUGGUCGAGAGGAUCUAAUCAAACGCCUCCUUGGGAGUCCCGCAACAGUACAGCAGCUUGUGGGGAAAGAGCGGCAGAUCGCAUUAGCCAGUUAUGUCGUCGGUCUUCGAGGACUCUUCCUUGCUGGCGUUGGAUUGAGUGCCGUUAUGGUAUUCUUGCAGGCGGGGACAGGUUGGACAGGGUAUCACGAGAAAAACCAGCUCCUGACUCGAUCAGACAUCGAUGGCGACGAGAUACAUGUUGAGGAAUCCCUUCUCGGGACAUCGUAAGUGUAAGCACUAUACCUCAAUCUUGCGAGCAUAUUUAGCGACGUAUAACAGAUUGUGGUCAAAAUAUAGACAAAAAUGUGGCCA